AGGAGGAGGAGGAGCCGGAGCCAUGGCCGGGUUCGCAGAGCUGGGGCUCUCGUCGUGGCUGGUGGCGCAGUGUAAACAGCUGGGCCUGAAGCAUCCCACGCCCGUGCAGCAGAACUGCGUCCCCGUCAUUCUGGAGGGUCGAGACUGCAUGGGAUGUGCAAAGACUGGCAGUGGCAAGACGGCUGCCUUCGUCCUGCCUAUUCUGCAGAAGUUGUCUGAAGACCCCUAUGGCAUUUUCUGCCUUGUGCUAACACCCACCAGGGAACUGGCCUAUCAAAUUGCUGAGCAGUUCCGUGUCCUUGGGAAGCCACUGGGCCUGAAGGACUGUAUCAUCGUUGGUGGAAUGGACAUGGUGGCCCAGGCCCUGGAGCUGUCCCGCAAGCCCCACGUGGUCAUCGCAACACCAGGCCGCCUGGCCGAUCAUCUCCGAAGUUCUAGCACCUUCAGCAUCAAGAAGAUCCGUUUUUUGGUGAUGGACGAGGCUGACCGACUGCUGGAACAGGGCUGCACCGACUUCACCAAAGACUUGGAAGUGAUCUUUGAUGCAGCACCAGCCCAGCGACAAACACUCCUCUUCAGCGCCACCCUCACGGACACGUUAAAGGUUCUCCGGAGAAUCGCUUCUAAUAAGCCUUUCUUCUGGGAGGCCCAGGCUGAGGUCCGCACCGUGGAGCAGCUGGACCAGCGCUACCUGCUGGUGCCUGAGAAAGUAAAGGACGCCUACCUUGUCCACCUGAUCCAGACCUUCCAUGAUGAGCACGAAGACUGGUCCAUCAUCAUCUUCACCAACACGUGCAAGACUUGCCAGGUAUUGAACAUGAUGCUGAGGAAAUUCAACUUCCCUUCUGUCGCACUCCAUUCCAUGAUGAAGCAGAAAGCUCGUUUUGCUGCUUUGGCCAAAUUCAAGUCUAGCGUCUUCCGGAUCUUGAUUGCGACAGAUGUGGCAUCUCGAGGCUUGGAUAUCCCCACAGUGCAGGUUGUCAUUAACCACAAUACCCCAGGCCUCCCUAAGAUCUACAUCCACCGAGUAGGGCGGACUGCCCGGGCAGGGCGUCACGGCAUUGCCAUCACACUUGUGACUCAGUAUGACAUACACCUGCUCCACGCCAUCGAGGAAGAGAUCAAGAAGAAGUUAGAUGACUUCAGUGUGGAGGAGGCCAAGGUCCUCAAAAUCCUCACCCAAGUCAAUGUGGUCCGAAGAGAAUGUGAGAUUAAACUGGAGGCCACAGACUUUGAUGAGAAGAAAGAGAUCAAUAAGAGGAAGCAGCUGAUCCUAGAAGGGAAGGACCCAGACCUAGAGGCCAAGAGGAAGGCAGAGCUGACCAAGAUCCGGCAGAAGAAUAAGCAGUUCAAGGACCGUGUGAUGCAGACGCUGCAGAGGCGGGCAGCCUUGAGACUGAAGAGGAAACGGCAGAAGCGGAAGCAGAAGCAGAAGCCACCACUGACAGCCAAGGGGGAGAAAAGUGAGGGCUGAGUCUGAGCCCCUGCCCCUGCCCCGUCUGGGGCCAGGACCCUCAAUCCCCCCAACCCCUCUUUUCACGGUAUUGGGAUGGGGUCAGCACUAGAGGGCAGCCAGAGGGUGCCUGGCUCCUGCCACAUGUUCCUGUGACUAACUUAAAAUAAAAAAUAUUGAGUUCUACAGUU